CCUCCCUAUAUUUUCCUUCCAUUCUUCCUAAUUUUACUUACGCACGAAAACAGUUUGGGUUUGGUACAUGGUAGGUACGUCAAGAUGGAUAUAUUCACCCCUGCAGUACAAAGGGGACCUCCACUCACAAGACUUAUUAACAGAAUGACUUUGUUACAAAUCUUGGCUUGUGCAGUGGGGAAAGAUGUGAUUUUUAACAAGAGCAAUGUUGUUGGAUUCGAGGAUCAUAGACAUCAGGUUACUGUGAUGCUUGAAAAUGGAAAACAAUAUGAAGGUGAUCUCUUAGUUGGCGCUGAUGGAGUACGAUCCAAGGUACCACUCUAUCUUGGUUAUGCAUAUGCUGGCGCACUCUCUCUAGCUUAUUUGGGCAACAAGAACCUGUACACUUGUUAUACUGGUAUUGCAGAUUUUGUGCCAGCUGAUAUUGAGUCUGUUGGGUUCCGCGUACUUUUGGGACACAAGCAAUACUUUGUCUUCUCAGAUGUUGUUGCUAGAAAGAUGUAGUGGUAUGCUUUUCACAAGGAACCACCUGUUAGAAAAUAUGAAAUAGCAGAAGGAUAAAAUAAUUGUUCUGAG